AUGGACAAUAACAAUGCUCCUGCCUACCAAGUGCCAGACUACACGGAUGAAAACAAAGAAUUCUUUGAUGCAAGGACUGGCAGAGUGAUAGCAGACAAAGAUGGUGUGACUUCUGUCAAAUCGCUGGUUACUUUAGCUCCCCAAUCAACAUUCUCAUUGACCACAACUGAAAAGGUUCAAAUGCUCUAUGUUCUUGAUGGCACACUGUAUCGUGAAGAAGCAGAAAUCACUGAAGGCUUCUUUGAGGUUGUACCUGCAGGUACAAGUACCUCAGAUCUGAACACAAGUACACAGACUUGCUCAAUAUGGCUUGGUCAAUUCAUGGCUCCCUCAGAUGCUGUGACCCUGCCAAGCUCUGUGGUCUCUGAGCAGGCACCUUGGCGGCACCUUAAUGUUGAGGCUGUUUCAGCUAAUGAGGGUGCAGAAUCAAAAAUGAAACAUUGCUCAGAAUUGUUGUUGCUGUCAAUGAUAUCUCUGACACUCAACACCGGUGUUAUGGUUAGAUUACUGCAAUUUGAAGAAGGAUUUACUCAGGAAAAACAACAACAUCAUGAAUUCCGUGAAGAGGUCUUGAAUGUAGCUGGAUGUCUCCAUGGUCCUGAAAGGGAUACUCGCUGUGACUAUCUGAACCUCUGGAAACUCCCUCCGGACGGGCUCAAAGCACUGGUGACUGAAUUGACGGAGGAUCCUCCACAAGAAAGUCUCAUUCGCAAAUAUGAUUAUUGUAGUCGUUUAACGGGGAAAUUGCAUGGUCCACAUAACCCACUAAAGAGGAGACACAAUCCAUUAGCACCAGAGACCCUAGACUUCUACGAGACAUCCAUCGAGUUCGACCCGACCUGCGACCUAGUCGUCGUGUUUCCAGUAAGGUUACAAGUUGAAGAAUCAGCCUUACGCGCCUUGGGUUGA